AUGUCUGAUAAAUUUCCAAUUGCGGCUGCGACGGCAGUAACAAUCGGCGCUAUAGGAGCGACGUACUGUGCCUACAAUGUCUACCAGGAGGCAAAGAAACCUAAACUGCCUACGGAGUGGCAGAAAGUUGGAACGCUUAAGGACCUUUACGUAUAUCCAAUAAAGUCAUGUGGACCGAUACUGCUGAACAAGGCGGAAUGCACUAUUUUGGGUCUAAAAGACGGUUGGCUAAGAGACAGAGUACUAAUGGUGGUUGACGAAAAAAAUAACUUUGUAACAGCACGCGCGUAUCCUGAAUUACUGUUAGUUCAACCGACGGUAAAAAGUUCAAUUCUCAAUUUAAAACAUAUUGACAUGGAACCUCUCAACGUCAACUUAGCAGAGGUGAUUGAACUGCAAAAUGUUAAAAAUGCAACGGUAUGGGGUGUUACAGUACCUGUGUAUGAUUGUGGGUGGGAGGCUAGCGAGUGGUUUUCAAGAUUGCUAAACCGCUCGGCAAUCAAUUUCAGACUAGUAUAUUACGCUUCUCAAAAAAGUAGGGAUCUGCGAAGCUCGACAAACAGUUUCUAUAAAUUCACCAAAAACGAUACAGGUGCGUUGCCAGAUGAGGUGCCGUUUAAUUUAAUAAAUGAAGCGUCGGUGAAUGAACUAAACACUCGUCUUAAGGACUGUAAGGUUACACCGCGUAAUUUUAGACCCAACUUUGUCCUGAUCGGGGCCAACCCUUAUGAUGAAGACAAUUGGAAAUAUGUUAAAAUUGGUGAAAACGUCUUCGAAAUAAUAAAGCCGUGUGGGAGAUGCAUAUUGACUACCAUUGAUCCUGAGACCGGAGUCCGAAACUCAAAAACAGAGCCAUUAGAGACUCUAAAGAGUUACCGGCAAUAUACCAGUCCCGUGGAACGAAAGACAGCAGGCAACGCUCCACGCAUGGGAAUACAAAUGGCGUUGCGAUCAGAACCUGGCGUAAUUUCUUUGAACGAUCCAAUUUAUGUUCCAAAA